AUGGAGUUUGUACAACGUCUCACAAAGCGAGUGCCAUACUUGCCGGAGGCGCCUUUCGACCAUGUGUCGAACGAAAAGAGCGCCAUAUUAAUUCCAAGAUUCGCCUUUUUCAAACGACGAAUACGACUGCGAAGAAACUCCACCAUUUCAAUUCCACUGGGAUUCGUUUUGCUAUUCCCUUGUAUUGUAAUAAUACUCAUUGUUCUUCUCAUUGUUACUCACCCUUCUUCUCCGGGUCGUAUUUUGGUGCCAGCUGGGACACCUCCAUCUAUCAGAAAAAUUAGCGAAAAACAUGACAAAGUGUUCGCUACCGGUUGUCUUGAAAUGGACACCAGCACUCCAAGAGCAAAUGCAGCUUUCGUCGUCUUAGCAAGAAACAGGGAACUGGAAGGUGUCAUUCAAUCCAUCAAAUCUAUCGAACGGCAUUUCAACCGAUUCUAUAACUAUCCGUACGUCUUUCUUAAUGACGGAGAUUUCGACCAGACCUUCAAGGACACUGUCUCCAACUAUACCAGUGCCCCCUCAGAGUUUGGUAAAAUCGAUCCUUCUAUGUGGGGAUUUCCCGAUUGGGUCGACCCCGAAGUGGCUAGGGAAGGAAUUAGGAAGCAAGGAGAUGCUGCUAUCAUGUAUGGUGGUAUGGAGAGUUACCACCAUAUGUGUCGAUUUUACUCCGGGUUCUUUUACAAGCACGAAUUGCUCAUGAAGUAUGAGUGGUACUGGCGUCUGGAACCAGAUAUCAAAUAUUUCUGCGACAUCACCUAUGAUCCAUUCCUAAAAAUGAUUGAGCACAAUAAAACCUACGGGUUUACAAUUGCCGUCAAGGAGCUCAGAGAGACUGUUCCAAAUAUCUUCCGCUAUGCGUCAGCCUACAAGAGAACCAACAAUAUCACCUCGCAAGGUCUCUGGGAGAUGUUCCUAGAAGAUCCCCCAGAACCGAAAGAGACUGUCAAAGACACCGCUAACGAAGCGCCAUUGCCAGAUGAGAUAUUGCAAACUCAACCGGGUGACAAAGGCAUUAAAGACAUCGACCCAGAGGCUAUGGAGGGAGAGAAAUAUAACAUGUGCCAUUUCUGGAGCAACUUUGAAAUCGCUCGACUCGACUGGUUCCGAAGCAAGGAGUAUGAGGACUUUUUUACCAUGAUGGACAGAAGUGGCGGUUUCUGGAUGGAACGAUGGGGUGACGCACCCAUCCAUUCCCUUGCGGCCGGUAUCCUUCUGGCGCCCAAAGAUAUCCAUUACUUCCGCGAUUUCGGAUAUCGGCAUACCACCAUCCAGCAUUGCCCAGCUAAUGCCCCUGCCCGUCAACGGGAUCGAAUUCCUUUUCUUGAAAUGACCACUGAAGAUGAGAAGAAGCGCCAGGAGGAAGAUGAAUAUUGGGAUGUACCGGAUACGCCGAAAGAAAACGGAGUUGGGUGCCGAUGCAGGUGUGAUACGGAUAUUGUGGACGUGGAAGGCAAACAAGGAAGUUGUCUGGCGGAAUGGGUCGAAGUUGCUGGAGGCUGGGCUUCACCCUGA